AUGGCGGAAAGCCACCAGCCGACUCCGCAGGUACCUCCAGCGCAGCAGCCACAGCAACAGCAGCAGUCCGCGACUCCUUUGGCGUGCCAGAAAGUGCCGGAUAUCAUUCGAAACUACCGUCCGGUCAAGGCUUUCAAGAACUCCAAGCAGGAACCGUCCAACCAUGUGACCUCGCUGGAUUUCGACGAUCAAGGGGAUCACUUAGUGGCCUCAGGCGAUGAUGACAUGAUUCAGAUAUUUGAUAUCAAGGAGGGAAAGCCCACCAAAUCGGUUCCCAGCAAAAAGUAUGGGGCGCAUUUGGCGAGGUUCACCCACCACUCGCGGCAGGUCCUCCACGCGAGCACCAAGGUCGACGACUCGUUGCGCCUGCUUGAUCUUCAUAACGAAGGCUAUGUGCGAUACUUCUCGGGCCAUACAGACAAAGUGACUUGUUUGGCGCUAUCCCCCGGGAGCGAUUCGUUUAUCUCGUGCUCCAAGGAUGAUACCGUUGCACUGUGGGACCUCGGUUCGCGGAAUGCCCAGGGAAAGCUGAAAAUCGCCACCCCGUACCUGGUCGCGUUUGACCCGUCUGCCUCCGUCAUUGCGAUUGCGUCCCAGUCAACCUCGUCGAUUCUGAUGUACGACUUCCGCAACUACGACAAGUCCCCCUUCUCCACCUUCGAUCUCGCACCUUACGAAGAAAAAUACACUCCGUCCACGCGCGGACGAGCGUGGACGCGGCUGGAGUUUUCCAAUGACGGGAAGUUCUUGAUUGUGGGGACGGACUAUCAUGGCCAUUUCCUCCUUGACGCCUUCGAGGGGGUCAUGAAAGCGUUCUUGGUUGGCAAGAACGGGUCCCCUGGGCGCGCUGCACCGGUGUCAACGACGGGAAAGCCCCUCGGUCAGGGCGAUGUAUGCUUCACCCCCGACGGACGAUACGCGGUUGGAGGCUCUGGCGACAGCCCGGACGUUCUGGUUUGGGACACGCAGCAAGCCCCGGAACCGAACAACUAUCUGCAGCCGAUGACCAGGUUACCCCACCGGGGCCGGACUGCCCUCAUCGAAUCGAAUCCCCGAUAUAACAUGCUUGCUAGCGCCGAUAAGGACGUUGUCUUCUGGCUCCCAGAAGAAAAUGCGAAGCCGUCCGAGAAAUAA